GUGUUUCUCUCGAGUCUCAAUGCUCAACACACAAAAAUCUACUCUGAAUUCGUUCGUGUGCAAGUGUGCGGGAUUCGAUUAAGUGUAUUAGUGCGGCAUACGAAAUUCAAUAUGGAGACGUUCGUUUGACGAGGUUUAACUCAGAUCGCAAAUUGCAAAUCCUCCAUCAAAAUACGCGCUUGUAAAUGGCGUAAAUAGCGAACUUUGUAAUUAUAGUGUUUUUUGUAAAUAGCUUUAUGUAUAAUAUUCAUAGAAUUAAAUUAUCGGUGUUUCUAUUGUCGGUAUCCAACAAUAAUAAAUUUCAAGUUUUGUUUCGGGAUACGUGAAAACAGUUGAAGAAAAAUCGGUUUUUUCUUUCAUUCGGUGUAUAGGAAACUCCCGUGUUUCUAUGCACUAAUCGGAUCAGUAACCGUGUUCAGGAUACUUUUGUGAAGAGAAAAACGUGGACUUAAUUAAAGGUUCUUUUGUGUUCUAGAAUUUUUUUUUUAUAUUUUUAAUUUUUGCGGUGUCUAUUAAAAAAAAAGUGUAUACAUGCAUGUUGUGUAUUGUUAAAGUGAGUGUGUAUUCGUGAACAAUUGAGUGUUUUCAAACAAUUUUUUUUUUUAAAUAUUUGUUUUAAGUGCCGCAUAUAAUAGUUUGUAAUUCGUGCGAAUUUUUUCUCCAUCCCGACAACAUAAAAUUUAACUUUACAUCGGCGGUAGGCACAAUAAUAUGAUAAUGAAAUUGCUGGGCUCAACCGAGAGUCCCCAGAAUGAGAAUCCGGUGGGAUCUGUGGGAUACAAUUUUCAAAGGCAUCCGAAUGAGCCGGACUUUCAGCAGUUUCAACAGAAACAGCCAACCUGGCCGACUGGGGACGACGCCAUUAUAAACAACCAAGACAAGUGGAAAUAUAAUGCACCAAGUGCCGGUGGUGUUUCCAUGCAACCCAAUAAUGGCAAGCCUCAGCAUCAGAUGCUCGGUCACAACCAGCAUCCGUUGCAUCUACAAAAUCAUUUAAAUCAUACGAUUUUAAAUCCCACUUUAAAUCAGCCAGUGCAAAUGAUCCAAAGUGGUUUCGAUCACGUUCAUCCAAGUGUUAAUGUGAAUGGUGUUAAGGCAAAUGAACAAUUAGUGUAUUUUAGUGGACAGCCACAUUCAGGCGUGAUGCAACAGCGCCAGUAUACAACCACCCCAAAUGCAGCGAUCACUACAUCAGCUACGAAAAAACUAUGGGAAAAAAGUGGUGUUGGCGAAAUGAAAAUGCCAAUCAGUGGUCCAUUAACACCAUGGCGUGACUCAACUUGGUCAACGCAAGGUGAAGGCAUUUUACCAUCAACGCAUCGCCCCUAUCCGCAUCAAGAGAUCAAUCAGAAUCCUGGUAUUUUGAGCCCAAGAGAUCCAACUGGCGUGAUAGGCCAAAAAAUGGUGGAGUAUGUCUUAUGUCCAUCACCUACGAAUUUGGAAUCGCGACUGCGAGCCCUGAAGGUCGACGAAAAUGAUAAGUCGAAUGACGAUAAAGAGAAGUCAAACUCUCCAUUUGAUAGCAAUGGAAUCAAGAAGGAAGAUCAAGGAAACAACGGCAACGGUUUGAUUAUGAACGGUGAAGACGAUAAGGGUGUAUUCAAUCGCACUCCCGGCUCACGCCAACCAUCACCGGCCGAAGAGUCUUUAAAUCGUUCAGCUACAUUACUUGAUCCAGCUACUCAACAUUCAUUCCAUCACCAUCAGCAUUUGCAACAUAUGCUUAAUGCCGGUAUGGACCAUCAUAAUAAUCAGCUGAACUCUCAUUCCUACCACCCACAAAUGAUGAAUCAUCAAAUGCAAGGACCUGUAAUGAAUGGUGUUGGCGGCAUGCCAGUGGCACAGAAUCAAAUGGUCGGUCAGCAACAAGGACCUAAUCAAAUUGAAUCUCCAGCAAAUCUACUGCAACAACCUCAUAAUUAUGAUGUACAGCAACUGUUUCGAUCUCAAAAUCCAGUCAGUAACUCUGGCAUACCGGGCCAACCGAGUGGUGCUCCACAAUUGCAACAGACUCUUCCACUUACGUCGCAACAAUAUUUGGCUCAGCAAACCGCCUAUGCAGCGGCCGCACAACAGCCAUAUGUUAUCAAUCCCGGACAGGAUGUUCCGCCGUAUAUGGGCCUCAUUGCGGCCGGCAUGCCACAGUACUAUGGCAUGGCACCGUGGAGUGUGUAUCCGACCAAUUUGAUGCCGCAACCGAAUCAACAGCCAAGGAGACCGUUGACACCAUCCCAGCAAGGCGGCGAUAAUCAACCAUAUCAGCUGAUUUCGACGUUUUACGAUCAAAACGGAUCGAUAGUUAUGGGACCGAGAACUGGAACGCCGAUGCGUUUGGUAAGUCCAGCACCAGUUAUGGUACCGCCGGGUGCACAACGAACGCCACAAGCGCCACAGAUCUAUCCACCACAGCCACAAUCAGGCCAACAGAAUUUAUAUUCAACUCAGAAUGGUUCCGGUAUUGCAGGUGGCGGGCUAUUUGCACCCCAAACGUUCGGUGGCAGUUUAGGCACUUUGGGGAGCCCCGCACAACCGUCAGGUUUAACAUUGAACACAACAUCUGCUCGACGUGAUUCAUUUGGUCGGGAUACAUCACCGUUCAGUCCAUCAUUGGACUAUAGCAAUGCAACUGCAGCUGUAACCAAUCCACGUAAAUGGCCGCCACCAGCAAGUUAUGGUGCAUUAGGAACAGUAGCCGCAUCGGCCAGUCCAUUGGGUGCACCGAUAACUCCAUCGCCACCCUCUGGUUUGGGUAAUUUAGUGCGAGCGCCAGGUGCCGAAACAAAGUAUCGAAGUCAUUUGGCUCCGACCACAUUGUCAGCCACAAACACGUUAUUCGGUUCGAAUAAUUCAUUGUUUUCCAAAUUGCCUGGACCAUUGGCUGCCGUUCGUCAACCAGCCGUUGCUCCGCCAAUAUCCAUUGAUCGGCAGCCGGGCAGAUCACGAUUACUCGAAGAUUUCCGUAAUCAAAGACAUCCCAAUUUACAGCUGCGCGAAUUGACGCAUCAUAUCGUCGAGUUUUCCCAAGAUCAGCAUGGAUCGCGUUUCAUUCAGCAGAAAUUGGAACGAGCUACAGCCGCCGAGAAGCAAUUGGUUUUCAGCGAAAUUCUCAGUUCAGCUCACAGUCUGAUGACCGAUGUGUUUGGCAAUUAUGUCAUUCAGAAAUUCUUCGAGUUCGGAACGCCGGAACAGAAGUCGACACUAGCCACACAGGUCAAAGGGAAUGUAUUACAACUUGCGUUGCAAAUGUAUGGUUGCCGGGUGAUUCAGAAAGCACUUGAAAGUAUUCCAGCCGAUCAACAACAGGAAAUCGUUCGAGAAUUGGAUGGUCAUGUGUUGAAAUGUGUAAAGGAUCAAAAUGGUAAUCACGUUGUGCAGAAGUGUAUCGAAUGUGUUGAACCAGUUGCACUGCAAUUUAUCAUCAACGCAUUUUCGGGACAAGUUAUGACACUGAGCACACAUCCAUAUGGUUGCCGUGUGAUUCAACGCAUUUUGGAGCAUUGCACACAAGAGCAGACCGCACCGAUUUUGGCUGAAUUACAUGCACACACCGAAAAUUUGAUUCAGGAUCAGUACGGAAAUUAUGUGAUACAACAUGUGUUGGAGCACGGAAAGCCGGAAGAUAAAUCAGUUCUCAUCGCUAGCGUACGAGGAAAGGUAUUAGUGUUGUCACAACAUAAAUUCGCUUCAAAUGUCGUUGAAAAGUGUGUCACACAUGCAACCAGAACCGAACGAGCUCUCCUAAUCGAAGAAGUAUGCCAAUUCAAUGAUAGUGCAUUGCAUAUUAUGAUGAAAGACCAAUAUGCCAACUAUGUGGUGCAAAAGAUGAUCGAUGUGUCCGAGCCGACGCAGCGUAAAAUUUUGAUGCACAAAAUUCGGCCACACGUGAAUUCUCUGCGUAAAUAUACGUACGGCAAACAUAUUAUUGCCAAAUUGGAGAAAUUUUUCAUGAAAUCGUCGAAUGCUAUCGGCGGCCCAUUGGGCAACACAACGUCAACUGCACCCGGUGACGGUUUGGGACCGAUCGGUCCACCAUCGAAUGGUGUGUUGUAGAUUGGUGGUGUGUGUUUUAGGUUUUAAGUGAAAAAGAUUUUGAUGGGGGGGUAAUGAAACAGGAUGGAUGGAUGGAGGAAUGGAGGAGUAAAAAUUUCAUUAAAUUAAAGUGAGAGAAAUAAAUAAGAAAAAGUGAAAAAAGAAAAUAAAAGUGAAAAAGAGAGGCGCUAUCCGAAACGCUGGUAAAUAAAAAAGAAGAAUAAAAUGAUAAAAUGUGUACUCUACGCGGGGUAACACGAUCUAAUUAUUUCGAAAUUUUAUUCGAAUCUUAUGACAGCACGAUCAAGUUUAGAUGAUAAAACAAACACACAAAAAAACAUAAUAGAAACAAACGAUCAUCAAAGUUUGUUUGCUUCGUUUUUUGAAUUAUUUUCUGUUUUUUAAGACAACUCUUGAAACAAAUUUUUUUAUUAUACAAAAUAAUCGUUUUGAUUAUUAAUCUUAUUACAAAAAGACAGUGAAUAAGUAAAAAAAACGUUACAUUCAACAAUAUUAAGAAGAAAAAUUUAAAAAAGAAAAAAAAUUAAACUCAGGUAGUUUUUACAAUACAAAAAAAAUUUAAAAAAAAAUUAAAUGAAAAAAAUAAUUUACGCAAAAACGUUUUACUUAAAAGGAAAAACCAUAAAAUAAAAUAAAAAUAAAUUUCUAAAAAGAAUUACUAGGAAAAUAAAAAAAGGAAAAAAAAACCAAUUACCCCCGCCCCCUGAUAGAUUUACACGAGAUAUAUAAAAUUUAAAAAAAAUAAUUAAUUAUUAAGUCCAUAAAAAAUGAUAAAAGAAAAUUAAGAAAAACAAAUUAUUGAAAAACGAUGAGCGAUCAAAGUGAGAAAAAAACAUCCUAAUCGCUUUCAAUGUAAAUAAUUAUCUGUUGCAUGGUCAACAAGUUAAAUGAACAAUUCCAGCUUUGCAUUUUAUUUUUUAAAAUCAUAUUUUAACUUAAA